UCGUCUUGCUCCCUUAGUUUUUCACCCUUCAGUCUUUCAACUAAGUAGACUCGUGACACUCGAGGAUUUCCAAUUGAGUCGCUUUAGAAUCGUCCAUGCUAGUGAAACGAUGGCAGAGAAUACCGAAAAUGCUUCCUCGGUUGGUCCAGUUGGUCCAGAACCUCAUACAGAACCUGCUGUUCCUGCACCAGUCUAUCAACUCCCCGAAUGGGAGACCAUAACUCACCCCCCCAAACAGCCUCGUCAGUCGCUGUUAGGUAGACUCAUCCCUUUGAAGCCUGAUGAGGAGGAUGAGAAUCGACCUAUAUCCGCUCGACUCUCUCUAGCGGCGGAGCGUACUCUGGGAAGAAAAUCGCUUUCUGGUCGAGCAUCCACUCUCCCGUUACAUAACCCACCCACCGAGAACGGCGCAGCAGCAAAGGGUACGCUGGCCACUGCACUGCACGCGCGUUUUGACACCGCCUUCCCUCCACAUAGAAAGUAUUUCGGCCGCUCCCGCCGGUUUUUAUUCCUAUGUAUCAUUCUACCGGCGGCGAUCUUUCUCUUCGUAGUCGUCCCGCUAGCAGUAGGCCUCGGCGUGGGCCUAACACGCCGCUCGUCCUCCACGUCAAAUCUGCCGCUUCCGAGCAAUACGGAAACUUUCAGGGGCGAAUUGACUUACUACGAUCCUGCCUUGGGCGCUUGUGGUAUAGAGUCUACCAGCAGCGAGGACAUUGUCUCCGUAUCACACAUUAUCUUUGAUGCUGCCAGCCAGGGCUCCAAUCCGAAUGCCAAUCCGCUCUGCGGCAGGAAAAUAAGAGUUUCAAGAGAUUUCGUCGAGAAUGGCACGGGAAACCACAGUGUAGAUGUCACGGUUGUGGAUCGCUGCGUCGGAUGCGAAGCGGCGGAUUUGGAUUUGAGCAUCGCCGUGUUCACGCGCUUGGCGCCGGAAGGUAGCGGGAGGGUAUCCGGGAACUGGGCCUGGUUAGACUAAAUAUGAAUCGACGACGAAUCGGAAAAGAUGGCAUAGCCGGCAGAAUUAUACACUCCGGCCGGAGUUGGCCUGGUUAUAGACACAUGGAUGGAGUUUGGAAUGUUUUAUACCC